GCCCCUGUCGCGCUGGUUUUGACAGAACGCGAUGGCGGCGACUGGGGCUGCAGCGGUAACGGCUGCCGUGUCGGAAAAGCAAGAGUUUUAUCAGCUUCUGAAGAACCUGAUCAAUCCAAGCUGUAUGGUGCGGAGGCAGGCCGAGGAGAUCUAUGAAAAUAUCCCAGGUCUGUGUAAGACUACGUUCCUUAUAGAUGCCGUCAGAAAUAGAAGAGCGGGUUAUGAGGUGAGACAAAUGGCUGCCGCACUGUUAAGACGGCUUUUGUCCUCUGGGUUUGAGGAAGUCUAUCCAAAUCUACCUCCUGAUGUUCAGAGGGACGUCAAGAUUGAACUGAUAUUGGCUGUUAAGUUAGAAACACAUGCUAGCAUGAGGAAAAAACUUUGCGAUAUUUUUGCGGUGCUGGCCAGGAAUUUGAUAGAUGAGGACGGCACUAACCACUGGCCCGAGGGUCUGAAAUUCCUAAUUGAUUCCAUCUACUCUAAAAAUGUGGUUCUAUGGGAAGUUGCACUUCACGUUUUCUGGCACUUUCCUGGGAUUUUUGGGAACCAAGAGCGGCAUGAUUUGGAUAUCAUCAAACGGUUGUUGGACCAGUGUAUUCAAGACCAAGAGCAUCCAGCCAUCAGGACAUUAUCUGCUAGAGCUGCAGCUGCAUUUGUACUUGCUAAUGAGAAUAAUGUCACUCUCUUCAAAGACUUUGCAGACUUGCUUCCUGGAAUCUUACAGGCUGUGAAUGACUCAUGCUACCAGGAUGAUGAUUCCGUCCUGGAAUCUCUUGUUGAGAUUGCAGAUACUGUUCCUAAAUACUUGGGUCCUUAUUUAGAAGACACUCUGCAGCUGAGCCUAAAGUUAUGUGGCGACUCUAGGCUUAGUAAUCUGCAGCGUCAGCUGGCUCUCGAAGUAAUAGUGACCUUGUCUGAAACGGCAACCCCAAUGUUGAAAAAACAUACAAAUAUUAUUGCCCAGGCUGUUCCUCAUAUAUUAGCAAUGAUGGUUGAUCUACAAGAUGAUGAGGACUGGGUAAAUGCUGAUGAAAUGGAAGAAGAUGAUUUUGAUAGCAAUGCAGUUGCUGCUGAGAGUGCACUAGACAGACUUGCUUGUGGGCUCGGUGGAAAAGUUGUUUUACCAAUGACCAAGGAGCAUAUCAUGCAGAUGCUUCAGAGCCCUGACUGGAAAUAUCGGCAUGCUGGAUUAAUGGCUUUAUCUGCCAUUGGAGAAGGAUGCCACCAGCAAAUGGAAUCAACUCUAGAUGAAAUGGUUAACUCUGUUUUGCAUUUUCUUCAGGAUCCUCAUCCAAGAGUGAGGGCUGCAGCCUGUACUACACUUGGACAGAUGGCUACGGAUUUUGCACCUAAUUUCCAAAAGAAAUUCCAUGAAACAGUGAUUGCAGCUUUGUUGCGUACCAUGGAAAAUCAAGGUAAUCAGCGUGUGCAAUCACAUGCAGCUUCUGCUCUUAUUAUUUUUAUUGAAGACUGCCCUAAAUCAUUGUUAGCUCUAUAUUUAGAUAGCAUGGUGAAAAAUUUACAUUCCAUCUUGGUGAUUAAACUGCAAGAGUUGAUUCGGAAUGGAACAAAGUUGGCUUUGGAACAGCUUGUGACAACCAUUGCUUCAGUGGCAGAUACAAUAGAAGAAGAAUUUGUUCCAUACUAUGAUAUAUUUAUGCCUUCUCUAAAGCACAUUGUUGAGCUUGCUGUUCAAAAGGAACUCAAGCUUCUGAGAGGAAAGACUAUUGAAUGUAUCAGCCAUGUUGGUCUUGCUGUUGGGAAGGAAAAAUUUAUGCAAGAUGCUUCCAAUGUGAUGCAGCUAUUGUUGAAGACACAAUCAGACUUAAAUAAUAUGGAAGAUGAUGACCCUCAGAUCUCUUACAUGGUUUUAGCAUGGGCUAGAAUGUGUAAAAUUCUUGGAAAAGAUUUUCAGCAGUACCUUCCAUUGGUAAUUGAGCCUCUUAUUAAGACUGCUUCAGCUAAACCUGAUGUCGCUCUCUUAGACACACAGGAUGUGGAGAAUAUGAGUGAUGAUGAUGGCUGGCAGUUUGUAAAUCUUGGAGAUCAGCAAAGUUUUGGAAUUAAAACUUCAGGACUUGAAGCAAAAGCAACUGCUUGCCAGAUGUUGGUUUACUAUGCUAAGGAGUUAAGGGAAGGAUUUGUAGAAUAUACAGAACAUGUUGUGAAGCUGAUGGUUCCCUUACUGAAAUUUUAUUUCCAUGACAAUGUUCGAGUGGCAGCAGCAGAGUCCAUGCCUUUUCUGCUAGAAUGUGCAAAAAUUAAUGGGCCAGAGUAUCUUGCACAGAUAUGGCAAUUCAUAUGUGAUCCUUUAAUCAAAGCUAUUGGGACGGAACCUGAUGCUGAUGUACUCUCAGAAAUAAUGAAUUCUUUUGCGAAGUCUGUUGAAGUAAUGGGAGAUGGAUGCCUCAAUGAUGAGCACUUGGAAGAACUGGGAGGAAUUUUGAAAGCAAAGCUUGAAGGACACUUCAAAAACCAAGAACUGCGACAGGUUAAAAGGCAGGAAGAAAAUUAUGACCAGCAGAUUGAAAUGUCUCUGCAAGAUGAGGAUGAAUGUGAUGUUUAUAUUCUAACCAAAGUAUCAGAUAUUUUGCACUCAUUAUUUAGUACCUAUAAGGAAAAGAUUUUACCGUGGUUUGAACAGCUCCUUCCAUUAAUUGUAAAUCUAAUUUGUUCAAGUAGGCCAUGGCCAGACAGACAAUGGGGACUGUGCAUAUUUGAUGAUAUCAUAGAGCACUGCAGUCCGACCUCAUUUAAAUAUGUUGAAUAUUUUCGGUGGCCAAUGCUACUAAAUAUGCGUGAUAACAACCCUGAAGUCAGGCAAGCUGCUGCUUAUGGCCUGGGAGUUAUGGCACAGUUUGGUGGAGAUGAUUAUCGUUCUUUAUGUUCAGAAGCUGUUCCACUGCUGGUAAAAGUUAUUAAGUGUGCGAAUUCUAAAACCAAAAAGAAUGUUAUUGCUACAGAGAACUGUAUCUCAGCAAUAGGGAAGAUUUUGAGGUUUAAGCCUAACUGUGUAAAUGUGGAUGAGGUUCUUCCACAUUGGUUAUCAUGGCUUCCACUGCAUGAGGAUAAAGAGGAAGCUCUUCAAACUUUGAGUUUUCUUUGUGACUUAAUUGAAAAUAACCAUCCAAUUGUACUUGGUCCAAAUAACUCCAAUCUUCCCAAAAUAAUCAGUAUAAUUGCUGAAGGAAAAAUUAAUGAGACUAUCAACUGUGAAGAUCCGUGUGGCAAACGCCUAGCUAAUGUUGUACGCCAGGUACAGACUGAUGAAGAAUUAUGGUUGGAAUGUAUAUCCCAACUUGAUGAGGAACAGCAGGCAGCCUUACGGGAGUUGCUAAACUUUGCGUGAAGCACUUUAAUAUCACUUGAGUAUCAUUUGCCAUAAAAGUAAUUCCACACGUUAGGGGUGGAUUCCAUUAUAAUUGAGAGAACUAUUCUCUCCCUGCUCAAGCAGUUUAUAUUUCUUCCCCACAUUUCUCCAGGAUUAGUCAGUGUUACAACCUUCUGUUCAUCUUGCAUGUUUCAUCUCUUAGAAACAUAGAGCCUAGGUGAUAAUCUCUGCUUCUGUUGUCUUUGAAUGUUUGUCACCUUUCCUAAAAUUGAUAUGAAGUAUAUAAGUUUUUGCUGUUUGUCUGAACUAUUGAUGCUGAGCAAGGAAUAUAGUUGGUGUCAAGAUGUCAUGUUGAAUAUAACAAGAUGCUAAGAACUAAUUUGUGAUAGAACUUUCGGGACAAACGUCCUUGGAAUUGUAGGUGGAGGAUAUAGUGGCAGGCUUAGUCCUUGAUAAUACUCCUGGUUGUCAUGGUAAUGAAAGGAUGCUGAAAUUGGAAGACAUUUUUGAGAUGUUGCUGUGGGUGUGGUGAAUUCAUAAUGUACUCCUGGCACUGGGUGGGACAUAUUCAUUCUAAUCUCAAAGUAUCUAGCUGAGAGUUUAAAGAACUUUUAAAAUCUUAGCUAGACUGUUCUCUACUUUUUAAGUUAUCCUGGAUUCCAAGACCACAGUUACUGAAAAGGGAAUCCUAGUACAUCUAACAAUGGUAGCAUGUAACAUAUUGAAACAGUGUUUGACAGAUAGUAAGUACUUAGUAUUUGUGGAAAGAGUCAAUUAGUGUUAUGUGUUUUAGCAGAGUAUCAUUUUGUUUAUGUCAUUUUCCACCCUGCAAAACAGCUCAAGAAGAGAAGCCCUGGUUUAGAAUGGGGCUUAAAUAGAUUACUAUUUUGAAGAAGUUCCUAAUAGAUUCUGUAGUAGCACUGAAUAGUAUUCUAUUGUGAAAUCAAAAAGGAAAGAAAGUUAAUUUAAUUUUAAACAUGAAAAAGAAAACGGUUUUAGACCAGAUAUUUAGCAGUAGCUAUGCAUUAUAAGAAAAUCUUUCCUAGAUUUCUAUAAAUCUAGGGUUAAUUAUAUUAAUUUGAAUGUUGGUCUUUAAUGUCCAGCUUUUGGUAAGAUAGGAAAAAAGCUUUCUACUCAGCAAAUCAUUACUUCCUAAAUUAAAAAAGAACUACAUCUAUCAUGAUUUCCUGGGGCUUUUGUGAGUACUGUGUACGUGAAAUAUUGAACAAAUGUUUAAGACCUCAUUAAGUGUUGAAUAAAUGGUAGCUGCUAUUGUUGUGGUUUGUA